GCAGCUAAUCCUCAGGGCUUACUCACUUCUCAUAAGAGGGCUUUACCAACAGAACCAAUGCCCAAAAAUUCUCCCCAAACAAUCACUGGCUCUUUGGUUUGCCCUACCAGGAGAACCUUUAUCCUAGGAGGAAAACAAACCUUGUUACAACAGCUGAGUGUGGCAGAGUGGAGAACAGUGGGCCUGGUUCAUCGGCCAGCCCUGGGAGUGUGAGAGUUUGACGACCUCAGUAGGAACAUGCACUUCAUGAGCAGUACUCUGUGUUUGCUGCUGCUUUGGCUUCUGGGGAGAAUGCUGGAAGUAAAAGGGCAGGAGCAGGGGUACCUGCCGGAGGCUCUCAGGGCCUUGAAUCUGCCCCUGGGGCCGGACAACAAGCCUUACCUCCAGAAGAACAGAACCAGUGUACUGAUUGCCACGCUUCUUCGGGCAGUGCACUGUUCAGAGCUGAUUGGUACCUCUCAGGACAUGUGUGAGAAGUGCCUGACACCAGACAUAGCCCUAUCUGUGCUAAAGGAUGAUGGGAAGGCAUUCCUCACUGAGGACGACUAUGUGCAGAUCUCAACUGUCUUGCUGUACUAUAUAAUUAAUUUGCAAGACCUGUGUGUGUCAAAUGCUGCCCCUUCUUCCUUUGCCUCCUCAUCUGCGAACUUUCAGUUCUAUCUUCUGGCCCUCACUAACCUCCAUCCAGCUGAAGACAACAGUUUCCUUUCAUCCAAUGAAACAGAAAGUAUUCUGCAGCUCAUCAACCUGCACUAUGAGCCAUCCAGCCAACACACAUCCUCUCAUUCUCAAUGCAUUGAUGCAGAUCGUCUCUUGGAAGAUGUUGACAUUAAGGGAAAUCCUGGUGCUGGUGCAUCUGCUGUUCCCAGAGUGGCCGCAGCCAUCAUUAGUCAUAUUCUCCAAGGCCACUGUUUCAGACGUAGGAACCUGCCAUCCCCUGCCUUCUUCACAGACUAUAUAUUUCAGUCUCUAAAUUGCACAAGUACCAUGCAAGUUAUGGACCUGGAGGAGUUGCUUCAUCAGUUGGGAGUAGGACGGGAAGGAGUGAUGCACUCUCAUGACAGGAAGAGACGAAGCAUCCGGAGAGGUUCAAAGAAGGUGGCUAGGCAGUCACACGAUAGCUGCAACCAUGAAACUGGGGGAUUAAACAGUAAUUGGGCACAGGUAUGUUUUUCGGCCAAUCAGCUGGUGGAUAUUUUUGCUCUGGAUCCGCAUUUGCCGAUUUCCAAGGAACACUUCAGACAAAUUUCCCCAGCUAUCAUUCAGCAGUUGCUAGGCAAUGCGUGUGAGCCUGCAGAGCAACAAACAAGAGGAUCUCUGCCCACUGCUCUUGAGAAGUAUGGCUACAGCACGGCUGCUGUUCUUCUCAUUACUCUGGGCUCCAUGUUUGGUAUCUGCCUGAUAUUUUUCAACUCCUGCCAGGAAACCUACGCACUCAUCCUGCAGCUGUUUGUCGGCCUGGCAGUGGGAACGCUCUCAGGAGACGCUCUCUUGCACCUCAUACCACAGAUCCUUGACCUUCAUCUCAGCACGCACAGUCAUGAUGAUGAGCACUUUGUUGAAGAAAAACAGUAUUUGUGGAAGAUUUUGAGCAUGAUUGCUGGGAUUUACAGCUUUUUCCUCAUUGAAAGACUAUUCUCCUUUUUAGUUUCUUCUCAUAGUCAUGGUCACUCUGGUGAGCUUCCCUUGGAGCUGAACUGCAACAGUCACUCACAGAGAGGCAAGUCCAUCUCCACAAUACAGCUGGGACCAGUGGAUGACUUGGAGUGUACAGAAAUGUCUCCUGAGCAUGCAAACACAAGGAGCCCUUCACAUCAGAGACAAGGGAUUUCUCUGUUAGCUGUGAUGGUAAUCGUGGGAGACAGUCUUCACAACUUUGCAGAUGGCCUGGUUGUUGGGGCAGCUUUCUCCUCUUCAGCUGAGACUGGAAUAGCGACAACUGUGGCCAUCCUGUGUCACGAGAUUCCACAUGAGAUGGGGGACUUUGCAGUGCUGCUCAGUUCUGGACUCUCAGUGAAGACUGCUGUGCUAAUGAACUUUCUCAGCGCUCUGACAGCCUUCAUGGGGCUCUACAUCGGACUCUUUGUUUCCUCAGAGACAGAAGUGCAGCAGUGGAUCUUCUCUGUCACUGCUGGGAUUUUUCUCUAUUUGUCACUGGUGGAAAUGCUUCCAGAGAUGAAUCGAGUGAAGACCGACAGACCGUGUCUCAUGUUUUUCCUCCAGAACCUCGGCCUCCUGAUGGGUUGGGCCUGUCUUUUGUUGCUCGCGCUCUUUGAACAUGAACUCAAAUUCUAAAUGCAGCAUACCUCUUGCUCACAGGGUUGAGCCAAAGCAAACGCUGAGUUGUUCUACUGUUUUAAAUGUUGACUGGUUUGUUAUCAUUUCUUAGCAUGCCCAACCAGUAGUUUUGAAUAAUUAUUGCUCAAUGAGUGGGUAUUUGAUGAUGUUGUAGUCUCAACAAUGGAUCCAAAAUAUGUACUGUGGUUAGAAUCCUGUCUUUUUUUUAUACUUGAUGAUUUAUUUUUGUAUGUUAGGUACAGUAUGUGUGCCUGUAUAUGGACUCUAAAUGUCUAGUUUUAUUGCCUUAUUUGGUAGCAGCAUCUGUUGUUCAUGUUGCCACAGACAAUCAAAUCCAUUGAUUAAGAAAGUACUAUAAAUCUACCUUUUUGGGGGGGGAGUUUUUAUAUUUUCAUCCAGUGCCUUUAAACUGGUGGAAAUUUGAUAUUGUGAUUUGUAUUUUGUGACAUUUUGAUUGAUAAGCUUGCAAUAUCCAGUUAAUUUCCAAAUUAUUCAGGAAAACAAGGUUUUUUCAAAUUGCAUACCUAAUUCCAAUUAAAACUAGCACUAAAGUUUUUAAGAAUUGAUUUUCAAAAAUAUCAACAUGUUUAAAGAUAAUGCUUUUGGGUCCCUGCUUAAUAUAUUUCUAAUUAAUUCCUUUUUCUUGCUCAAUACAAGCCAAAUUAUAAAGAGUUGUGCUUUUCAGGAAUUCGGUAUAAUUUACUGUAUAUUUGGAUGACUUCUAAAUAUACACAACCUAAUUGGCUUGAUGAGAAACUAAUAUUAGGAACAAAGAAAAGGACUUAAACCUCUUCAUCAGGCACAAGCUGCUAUCAUUUACAGCUAUUUUUGAAGGCCUGUUUUGAAAAACGUUGCUCCGUUUCUGCUUCUCAUCUCAGAGGCAUUGUUCUUUGUUUUUUGAGUCCUCUCUGUGAUCCAAUAUGAGGGCACUUCCACCCACCUGAGCUACUUGUUCUCUUCAUCCACCAACCUGGAUGACUAACGCUCAUCGCUGUGCAAGACAGAAACUCCGCAGCGAUCCGACCCACACAGAGCACACGCUCUUUACCGGUCAGAGUGGGCCUGCAGAAGGAGGUGGAGAAAGAAGGGAAUGUGAUGAAUACAUAAGCACAAUGAGAUAAAUGAAACAUAGCAAAUCAACUUAUUUGUACAUAAAAUUGGAUUUGUGAUACUGAUGAGUGAGUGGGCUUAAGAGCGGAUUUUUUUUCUUUCCUUUAAUCAGCUUGCUGUGAUUAAAUUCUGGAGCUCUGAGCAUCAACAGAUUUCUGUAAAAUUUAAGCAAACAGCUGUCAAGCAUUUACUUUAUUUGUGCUGGAGGAUUAGUUUCUUCUAUGCUGAUUAUGUUAAUUUGCCAUUCUGGGCCUAUUAUCUAACUGCAAAGUCAUUUCCAAAAACACUGUCAUGAGAUUAUUUGGCUAUCAUGGCAGAAAAAGCUGACACCAUUUACUGUGACUUUCCCGAGUAAUGUUCGGACAAUAGAAGGAAGUUGAUUGCAUUUUCUUUUAUUCUAGCAAUUUUGCUGUUAUUUUAAAAAUUCCACCCUCUUCCAGGAAAGCUCCAGGCCUACUCGUUUGAGUGUAAAUCUGCUCUUUCGCACCAAAGAGGUAUUUUUUUGGCAUGUUUGUCUUUUCAAGGCAACUGCUGCCAGGAUGGAGGAAGGAAGUGCUUUUAUCUGGGCCAUGCGUAUUCUCACUUGUUCAGCAGAGACCUCUCAGAAGAGGAGUUCAGCUGCAGGGUCAUCAGGGCAGCAGAACACACAAACAAUGGGAAAAAGCUAUGAGAGAGACAGAGAACAGGAAACAUAAAAAUAUUUUUCCUUUUGAUUUGGAAGGAUCUGACUGAAAACAAUUCUUUGCACCUGUUAUUGUUGUGACACAAAAACCCAUCAGCGUAUAGCUGCUGCACACAGGGGAAAAUACCUCAGUUCUGUAUAUAUGAGUACAUUUUAGACUGUCUUUAACUCACAUGUAUUGUUUGUCUUUUUAGUCACAUUUUUUUGCAAUUCUGAGGAACAAAAACAAAAAACAAAUAUUUUACAUAAAAAAACUCAAAAUAUCACUAUUUUAAACUACUGUAUAUUGUUAAA